GAAUAUGCCUUCUGUUUCCGGACCAAAAAAAAUCUCGUUUUGUACUCCAAAAAAAAAUCUCGUUUCGCUCCUCUGCAGUUCUGCUCUUGCUCUUGCGCCCCGUCUCAUCCCUCUCUUCUCACCAUCCCCGCACUAUCCUCGUCCUGAUUUUGUCUGCCAGGUGAGUACGGCCAAGCAAACUCGGCAGAAAAACUGAAGGUCGAACUCCGCUGCCGUAUUUUGUUCGCAAAAGGUGAGAACCAUGGCGUCCUGAUUCUAUCAACUGGUGCUUAUUUUGUUUCGGGGAGGACUAGUCAGAAGUAAUGACGACCGCAGCCCGACCCACAUGGGCACCUGCUAAGGGUGGCAACGAACAAGGUGGCACUCGAAUUUUCGGUCCAUCACAAAAAUACUCAUCAAGGGACCUUGCCGCACAUACCACUCUCAAGCCAAGGAAGGAAGGGCAGGAUACUCAGGAGGAAUUGCAGAGAAGGAACCUACGUGAAGAGCUUGAAGAGCGUGAAAGGAGGCAUUUCUCGUUAAAAAAUAAAUCAUAUAACGAUGAGAGGGAUCGUGGAAAGGGAAGCCAUCUCUUGUUGGAAGGGACAAAGAGGGAAACAGAAGAUCGCAUUGUUCCACGUAGUGUAGAUGCAGAUGAUUCUGAUGCUGAAGCCAAAAGUGAUGAUGAGAGUGAUGAUGAUGAAGAUGAUGAUGACACUGAAGCUUUGUUGGCUGAGCUUGAACACAUAAAGAAGGAAAGAGCAGAGGAGAAGCUCCGUAAGGAACGGCAACAGCGAGAGGAAGAGCUGAAAGUAAAGGAGGCUGAGCUUCUACGAGGAAACCCACUGCUAAAUAAUCCAACAUCUUUCAAUGUGAAAAGGAGGUGGGAUGAUGAUGUGGUGUUUAAGAACCAAUCCCGAGGUGAAAGCAAGACGCCCAAGCGAUUCAUAAAUGACACCAUCAGGAAUGACUUCCACAGGAAAUUUCUGCAAAAAUACAUGAAGUAAACGUGUCUCUGGAAUCAAGGAAACUUUGUAAUUUGCCGUGGUUCAUUGUAUAUCUAAAUGUAUGAUUCACUGUUAAUGGAUGUUGAUGUUCUCGGGACUGCCAUCUGACAAGCAACUCAUAAUUUUGAUGUAAACUCACGUUUGGGGUCCGUUUCGCUCCGCGCCAAAUCAAAGAAUACAAGAGAUCCGUACGUAUCUGGAUCGCUUCGUUUCAAUAA